CCCACAACUUUGUUCUCUCUCAUCAUCAUCAUUCUCUCUCUCGCCACUCUCCUCUACCUCUUCAUCCCUCUCCAUCCUCCUCCAACAUCCUCCCCAUGCAAGCCGUGGGCGCCGACUGCAGGCGCAUCCGACUUGCGCCGGUGCGGCAGUUGGCCUUUGCAGCCAAAAGGAGCCUACAUCGCUCAUCCGUCCUCCAUGAUGAUACCCCACCAGGCAUCCCAUACAAGGACCUCACCGUUGGUGUCCCUCGCGAGACCUACCCUUCUGAGAAUCGCGUGGCAGUGACACCCGCUGGUGUCGCAACUCUUCUCAAGAAGGGCUUUGGCCGCGUCCUUGUUGAACGCGGGUCUGGUGUCGGUGCCAACUUCCCCGACGACGCGUAUGCCGCCGCGGGCGCCACGAUCGCCGACCCCAACUUUAAGGCCGACAUCACCCUCAAAGUGCGCCCGCCGACUCUGGAGCAGGCCGCCGCGCUUAGCAGCGACUCGACGCUGAUCUCAUUUCUCUACCCGGCCGUGAACAAGGACCUCGUCGAGGUGCUGCGCAAGGGAGGCGUCAAUGCUCUUGCGAUGGACGCGAUCCCCCGCACAUCACGGGCUCAGACCUUUGAUGCUCUAAGUUCGAUGGCGAACACGGCGGGAUACCGCGCCGUGCUCGAGGCAGGCAACGAGUUUGGGCGAUUUUUCACAGGUCAGGUGACCGCUGCCGGAAAGAUUCCUCCAGCGAAGGUACUCGUAAUUGGUGGCGGCGUUGCCGGUUUGUCCGCCAUCGCCACGGCGCGCCGCAUGGGUGCCGUCGUGCGUGGUUUUGACACACGCCCUGUUGUCAAGGAGCAAGUUGAGUCGCUUGGAGCCGAAUUUCUCACCGUCGAAAUCGAGGAGGACGGCUCGGGCUCAGGCGGCUACGCGAAGGAGAUGUCAAAGGCAUUCCUCGACGCUGAGAUGGCGCUUUUCCUCCAGCAGGCCAAGGAUGUGGACAUCAUUAUCACCACUGCAUUGAUUCCUGGGCGGCCAGCCCCCAAGCUCAUCCUCGAGAACCAUGUGGCUGCGAUGAAGCCUGGAUCCGUUAUUGUCGACCUCGCUGGCGAGGCUGGAGGAAACUGCGUGCUCACUAAGCCUGGGGAGAAGACAGUGACGCCCAAUGGCGUUACUAUUCUCGGCUACACCGAUCUCCCCUCGCGCCUGCCGACCCAGUCCUCGACCCUCUACUCGAAUAACAUUACCAAGUUCCUCCUCGAGAUCGGCGACCAAGGUCGCUUCAACAUCAACCUCAACGACGACGUUGUGCGCGGCGCCCUUGUGACCUACAACAAGGAGGUCAUGUGGCCCGCACCCCAGGCGACUACCGCUCCCGCACCAGCCGUUGCACCUAAAAAGCCCACGCCCAAGGCUGAGGAGCCCAAGGUCGAGAAGACGCCGUGGCAGAAGGCCGUGAGCACAGUUGGUCUCACGACGGGUGCUAUUAGCGGCACACUUGCGCUGGGCAAGCUCACCGGCCCCGCGUUCAUGGCUAAUCUCAACACUUUCGGUCUGGCCGGCCUGGUUGGCUUCAACGCGGUUUGGAACGUUACCCCUGCUCUCCACUCACCUCUCAUGUCGGUCACGAAUGCGCUCUCUGGCCUCGUUGGUGUUGGCGGGCUCUUCGCCAUUGGCGGCGGCUACGUCCCCACCACGUUCCCCGAAUAUCUCGGCGCGGCAUCCGUUCUCCUGGCUAACCUCAACAUCUUCGGCGGCUUCUUGAUCACCAAGCGCAUGCUUGACCUCUUCCGUCGUCCUGGCGACCCACCCGAUUAUGCCUGGCUCUACGGCGUGCCGGCGGCGCUCUUUGCCGCUGGUCUUCUGUGGGCAUGGCAGACAGGACAAGACGGUCUCGUUCAGGCUGGCUACACCGUCGCAACGUUCCUCUGCAUUGGCGCUCUCUCUGGUCUUAGCUCUCAGGCUACCGCCCGUCUCGGCAACUCUCUCGGCAUCCUCGGCGUCUUCGCAGGUAUGCUCACGGCUGUCCUCGCCGUGGGCUUCACCAAGGAGCAGCUCGUUCAGGUUGGCGCCCUUACCGCCAUCGGUGGUGUCGCAGGUCUUGCCAUCGGCCGACGCGUCUCGCCAAUGGCUUUACCGCAGACAGUGGCUGCGCUUCACUCAGUUGUUGGUCUUGCGGCCGUCAUGACCUCGGCUGCCGUGGUGCUGCAGGGUGACGAGCACGCCAUGACUACCCUCGGCCUCACGACUGCCUAUCUCGGUGUCCUGAUCGGUGGUAUCACCUUCACCGGCUCCAUCGUCGCGUUUGCAAAGCUCGCCGGACGGAUGGGCUCGAGGCCCAUGAUCCUCCCCGGCCGUCACGUUAUCAACGCUGGCCUUCUGGGCACCAACAUUGUGGGAAUGGGCGCCUUUGUGACCAUGGGUGCUGGUGUCCCGGCCAUCGCGGCUGGAUGCCUGUUGGGCAACACUAUUCUCUCCUUCCUGCAGGGAUGGACGACAUCGGCUGCCAUCGGCGGCGCUGAUAUGCCCGUUCUUGUGACGGUGCUGAACGCAUACUCAGGCUUUGCCCUCGUCGCUGAGGGUUUCAUGCUCGACAACAUGCUUCUCACCUCCGUGGGCUCGCUCAUCGGCGCCUCAGGCUCUAUUCUGUCUUACAUCAUGUGCAAAGCUAUGAAUCGCUCGCUCGCCAACGUCAUUUUUGGUGGCAUUGGAACCACCACGACUACAAACGACUCGACUAAGGGCCUGGAGGUCACCAAGACCUCCAUUGAAGACACUGUCGAGGUGCUAAAGGACGCGGACAGCGUGGUAAUUGUGCCGGGUUACGGCAUGGCCGUCGCGAAGGCACAGUACAGCAUCGCCGAGAUGGUCGGGGCGCUCCGUGCCGCCGGCAAGGAGGUGCGCUUCGCCAUCCACCCUGUGGCCGGUCGCAUGCCGGGCCAGUGCAAUGUGCUUCUCGCUGAGGCCGGUGUGCCCUAUGACAUCGUGCUUGAGAUGGAUGAGAUCAACGACGACUUUGGAGACGUCGACACUGUCCUCUGCGUGGGCUCGAACGAUGUGUUCAAUCCCUUGGCCCUCGAGGCAGGAUCUCCCAUCGCGGGUAUGCCAGUCAUGCACGUCUGGAACGCCAAGAACGUGAUUGUGAUGAAGCGCGGCAUGAACCCAGGUUACUCGGAGAUGCCCAAUCCCCUCUUCUACUACCCAAACACUAAGAUGCUGUUUGGAGACGCCAAGACGACUUGCGAGGCCCUGUCCCGCGCGCUAAAGGAGAAGGAAUAGAUCAUGUCCUGGACCUCUGCCACAGGAGCCACACUUGACAAUCGGGCGGGAGAGUCACUAUCACAUCGAAUUACACGAUCUGGAGAGCUAGACUCGCGUUAGAGUGUAUGCAAGUCGUUGAUCUACUGUGCUUGGG